UUGAACAACGACUUGAAGCCACAUCCGCCCUUAGUUGUAGGUUUCCGUUCCCAUUAGAACACCCCCAGAUCAAGGCGGAAGUGAGCUGCUUCUGAAAGGGAAAACCUUGGAGUGGGAGCGCUCUUAAAGCCCUUUCAACAGCAUGUCCACUCCCAUUGCAUUGAAGUCUCAGCGUCGUCUGUGGCGCUAUGUAGAUUCUGGCCAUCGUCACAAGCUGCACAGGCUCCUGCGGCAUCACAGGGAAACCUUGGAUUUGGCUGAUACUUCUGGAAACAAGAACCGGACUGUGCUGCAUAGAUCCUGUGCCCGGCAGGACCUCAAAUCUGCAAUCCUCUUGCUGAAGUAUGGAGCAGAUGCCAAUGCUCUGGAUCGGAAUGGAGAUACGGCUCUACAUGUGGCUGCCCGGCAGGUUGCGCGCAAGGGAGGCACAGUUUAUGAAGACCUGUUUGUACCUUUGCGAAAACGUUGCCCUUCUGCCUUGAACAUCCGCAACAGAGAUGGAAAGACACCGGGGGACCUCCUGGGACAAACGGAAGAGAAAUGGUGUCCCCAGAAAGACUUUGGGAAAGAAGAGGAUGAACGGGAUGCCGAGAGGGAGUGGCAGUCCAAGCUUCUUGGUGAAUGGGAAGAUGAAUAUCAGGAGACUUUCUGGCAGUAUGAAGAUGAAUUCAGCACCGAAGGUCCAGACCCAGAAACCUUUGAAGACUGGGCUAACCGCAUAUUUCAGGAAUACAAGAAAAAAUGCAAGAAAGAAGAGGAACAGCAUCACCGAAGGCCUAAAAAGGAAACCCCAAAACCUUCUGCAAAGUCAUGGCGCCUCUUGGAAGAAGAGCGUCUGCUGUACGAGAAGCGCGCCCGGGCCAAAGAGGAGGAGUUGAAGGAGGCCAAGAAACGGCGCUAUGAAGAAGGCUGCAGCCAGGUCUUCUCUAGUUCCAGUUCUCAGUCAUUGCGUUAUGCAGACAUUCCCUGGCCAUGCCCAUCUGGGACACCUGAGCAGAUGGCCACCGUGGCACUCCACGGCGUGGACCCUGCUGACCAGGGAGCUUACCGGCGCUUCCUCCGACGCCAGCAGGCCCUCUGGCACCCGGACAAAUUCCUCCAGCGUUGUGGCACACGCUUAGCUGAAAAGGACCGGCGCCGGAUUUUAGACACUGUUACUGCAUUGUCACAAGCAUUCAACCGGCUUGCUGAGGCUGCCAAAUGACUGCAGAAAAUGCUAUCUUUCAAGCCUAUGUGGCUGUGUUGUAGUCCUCAAAUAACAUUCUGGAUUUUGACGUAAAGAAAAACAAAUUGAAAACUUUACUAUACUAUGCCUUAUAUUGUUUAUGUCUUAUGGUUGUUGUUGUCUGUUGGGCCCCCAAAGUUAUACUGCAAUAAAAAAACAGGUUGAG